CCAGGGAGAGCGCGCUCCUCCUCUCCACGCUUCAGACCUGCGGCCACACCAGCGGGACACUUUUUCAAGAAACAAGCGCUUCACCUAACAACCGUCCACCGAGCUCCUCUCCUCGGAAACCCUUGCUCCACCUUCGCCGCUGCUUCUCUGUGAGCUCUCGGAGGGAUUACCGGGGAGGACGGAGGAGGGAUGGAGAGGUCCCGUUAAAGUUGAAAGCACAAGAGAAGCUCAGUCUGUCUGCCGCUCCACCGGUGCUCCCACCGCGCUGAGCGAGCGGCUGUCCCCGCCUCAGAGGCCAUGGGCUGCGGCUUGCGGAAACUGGAAGACCCGGAGGACAGCAGCCCCGGGAAGAUCUACUCCACCUUGAAGAGACCACAAGUGGAGUCCAAAACGGAUACUGUGUACGAGUAUGUGCUGCUCGACUUCAGUCUGGAAGGUAGCCGUCCCACGGUGCAGUAUGUGGCCUCACUUUCCGAGCUGCCCCAGGCCCUGCAGCCCUACUACACACAAGGCUACAUCCUGACCGCCCUGCACCCUAUCAUCCUGUCUGUGGGCCGUACCCGCUCACUGCCCUUCAGCCUGCUCUACCGCGCCAUCCUGGCCCGUCCCAGACCCAGUAAGCAGAUGGCGUCCAUGUGUCACAGCGUGCCAAUGUUGAAGGUGGAGGAGUGGCCGUUACCUGGAGAGUCACUGACGGGUGACACGGUCAGAGCACUCAUCGACAGGGUGAACAGCAGCGCCCGGGGGGGCGUUCGAUUCAUCGGCUCGGUCCUCCAGCAGGUGAGCGGGAUCACCAACGGCAGGGUGCACAGUCCAAAGAGGGGCUGUCGCUCCCCUCCAUGCACCCCUCCUGGUACGCCGCCUGGAGACAGAGAGCUGGAGGAAAACACCUACAGUCCUGACUUGAGGUUGCUGGUCUUCUUCCACUCCUGGGCUCCAGGCUGUGCUCCUCUGGACUCACUGGCCUGUCAGUACCACCAGGGGGCGCUCUCAAUGCGUGUUUCCAGGAAGGGCCAGGUGGUCAGUGCCCUGGAAGCUGAUUGGCUAGAGCUGACUGCCGCCUACUACCGCAAAGGCUGGUCGUUGGUGGACUCGUUCGUCUACUGGGACACGCCUAAAGGCGAGCCAGUGCCGAGAUCACUGGAGGGACUGUUUGUGUAUGAAGAGAGGAGCACUUCUCCUCCUGCCAAUGACACCAUCGUCGUAGAGCAGUGGACUGUCAUCGAGGGCUCCAAUGUGAAAACAGACUACGGGCCCCUCCUUCACACCCUGGCUGAGUUUGGGUGGCUGCUCACAUGUGUGCUGCCCACUCCCAUCAUCCGACACGACAGUGAAGGGAACCUGGCCACAAAGCAGGUUGUGUUUCUACAGAGGCCGGUCCGGAGUCAGGCAGCCGGACAACCGAGGAACCAGGCUUUGUCUGUGCACAGCGACGUGUCCAGCCGCUCUGUAAGUCGUGCGGUCAGCAGCCCUGUCCCUCCCGAGGAACUGUCUCCAACCACCGGGGGCAUCGGGGGCUUCCCGGUGUUCGGCGGAGGGUAUCCCAGCGCCCUGUCCCACCUGGAGGAAGGUGGCUUUGAGCAGGAGGAGGGAAAAGCUGAAGUCACCUGUAUGUGAGCAGGAAAACAGACGUUAUCCCCCCCUCCCUCCUUACCCAGACUCAAGUUGAGGAUUUAAACGUUGCUGGAUUACUGAAGAGAAUAUCAGAGAAAAUUGAACUCUGGGAAGUCCACAGACUCUUCAUCAGCCAUCACGCUCAUGUUCCUUUCAACAGAGACUUUAGAGUAGAAGAACUUGGCACUUUUUAAUGUUUUUAAUGAAGCCAUAAUGAGAAUGAGGUAUUAUUUAGAAAUGGAUCUUUGUCCAAACUUUUAUAUAGACCUAUUAGGAGAGAAACUAGUCAAUGGGAGACACUUAAUACGUAUUUAAAUCCACUUUCUGAUCAGUUCAGGUGCUCAUGGAAGAUUGUCACAAUACUAUAAAGCAUAAACACUUUCAGAUUUCUGCACAUUAUGGAAACUACACUGGUGGCGAAAUGAGGGGAAAGGGGAUCUACUUUCUGUCUGUCUCAUGAGUCACAAUUUUGAUUUGCAUUUUUAUUCACCCUCCCAACCUUUGUUCCUUUCCCUCCAAGAUUCCUUAAAACUUCCCCCAUAGGCGGAGGCAGGAUGUGAAUAUUCAUCCAGGAGGCUGUCACAGUUUCCUGCGUGCGUUGGUACUGACAAUACGCAGGCUGACAUCUGAUACAGUACCUGCGGGCCUCAGUGAAUGUGCUGGCUGCCUAAUAUAGUACAUUUGUGCAGUGUUCCUCUGGAGGAUUUCAGAGUUCAGGUGCUAUCAGUAGCUUUUCAGUGUUGUAAACUGGAGACAUAUCAGUGUGUUGAUCCCUAAGCUGGGUACAAAAUUAAUGUUUCUGUCUACUGGCCACAUGGCUAGUGAAUGUUCUGACCAGCCUCUCAGUAGAUAACCAUUGUUUGUUUUCAGCUGGUAAAUAAAGAAAAUCUACCAGCCACUUGCAUGUUUUACCAGCAUUCAGUCCACACGGCCUCCUGAAGUUCAAUUUGACUGGUGCCAUUUCACAAUCAUUCUGGAAAUGGUUAUGGCUCCUGUAUACGUUUGAAAGUAUUUUUUUAAUAUUUGAUUCAUGGAGCUGUGGCUCCCACGCGCCCUGAAAACCUGAAAAUGUACAGACUAGUUUGUUGUCCUGGUAAUGUUUAAAGUAUUUUAGCCUGUGCUGUGGCCAGAAUAAUGUUGGAGGAAAGCUGCAGUCAGUAGACCUUUUUCACAACAGCCAUUUUGAAAAAGGGAAAGGCUCUGCUAAACUAAAUGGAACGGAGCCUUUAUUAGUGUCAUUGGUAACAGCUGUGCUUACCCCACUAUUUCAUGUCAAAAUGGCUGCUGUGAAAAAGGUCUAUUAGGAAAGCAGAAAAAUUGGCUGCGGGGAGAACAGCCAAGAGCUAACACUAAGUGUCACAUAAAGGACGGUUUGUGAGAAAGUGCUGUCCUGGAUUGUCAAGAGAAACUCCUGGAGGUGUUGGAUAAUGAUUUGUUGAAAGGAGCGGGAACCCUCUCCUACUUUUCUUCAGUCAAAUCUUUUUAAAUGGCUGCUUUACAGCUGAUACGGUACUGGCAAUACACCUGCUCUCUGUAAUGGAUGAAGUUCUUUAUUUUUUAGAGGGGACGGUUUUAGGGCAGCCUCAGGAAGUACUACUGCGGCAGAUAAAGCCUUCUGUGGCUGCAGAAGGAGCUGCGGGAAAUGUCGGUUGGGGCUUAAGACUGCAAGUAGUGAGCUGUGACCCAACUGCCAGCGGUCGGACUCCAGGUUUUGACAGGGAAGAAUUUGUUGGAUAAGAAGAAAGCUCUGCUGCAUUGAUUUUGAUACUUUUUUAAAUGUCCAUCCAGAGUCUGACUGUCUGGUGAAAGGGAUGCAGUUGCUUUUAAAGGACACACUGCAGUUGUAUAUAUCUUAAUGUUAGUAUUCGUAAUUGCAAAAAAUGAGCUUGACAUAAUUGUGAUGCAUGUUAUUUUGCUUUUGGGGGAGGAAAGGGAUCAAAUGCACCGAAAGUAUAGUUUUAGGUAUUCCAGUGUUGUAUGCAUACAUGUUUUAAAUGGGUGUAUUUAGCUCAGCAAAGGCUUACUAAAUGUCAGUAUUAAUAUUCCAGCCUUUCCUUCUGGGAGAGUUGUACAUUUUGCUUCCUUUGUCAUUGGUGUUUGUAUUGUAUUAAACACUUAUUUCCCAUGG